CCUCGACAUGAGAAGUGACAACCAGAGCUUCUUGGGGAAUCCCCCUCAACACUUCAUCCUCCUGGGUGUUUCGGACAGGCCAUGGCUGGAGCUGCCUCUCUUUGUGGUCCUCCUAGUGUUCUACAUUCUGGCCAUGUUAGGGAACAUUGCCAUCAUCCUGGUGUCCCGGCUGGAUCCCCAGCUGCAAAGCCCCAUGUACAUCUUCCUCAGCCACCUGUCCUUCCUGGACCUCUGUUACACGGCCACCACGGUCCCUCAGAUGCUAGUCAACAUGGGCAGCUCCAAGAAGACCAUCAGCUACGGCGGCUGCACAGUGCAGUAUGCAAUUUUCCACUGGCUGGGAUGCACUGAGUGCGUGGUCUUGGCCGCCAUGGCCCUGGACCGCUACGUGGCCAUCUGUGAGCCCCUCCGGUACGGCGUCAUGCACCGCGCCCUCUGCCAGCAGCUCGUGGCGGCGGCCUGGCUCAGCGGCUUCGGCAACUCCCUUGUUCAGGUAGCCCUGACAGUGCAAUUGCCUUUCUGUGGGCGGCAGGUGCUGAAUAACUUCUUCUGUGAGGUGCCAGCCAUGAUCAAGUUGUCGUGUGCCGACACGGCUGUGAAUGACACCACGCUGGCUGUGCUGGUGGCCUUCUUUGUGCUGGUCCCACUAGCUCUCAUCAUUCUCUCCUACGGGUUUAUCACCCGUGCUGUGCUCAGGAUCCAGUCGUCCAAGGGACGGCGCAAGGCCUUUGGCACGUGUUCCUCCCACCUGGUGGUGGUCUCCCUUUUCUACCUGCCUGCCAUCUACAUGUACCUGCAGCCCCCUUCUAGCUACUCCCAAGAGCAGGGCAAGUUCAUCUCCCUCUUCUACUCCAUAAUCACCCCGACCCUCAACCCCUUCAUCUACACCCUGAGGAAUAAAGACGUGAAGGGAACUCUGAGAAGACUCCUGGCAAAAAUCUGGAUGCUCUUCAGAAGAUGAAGAUCUGAGACGUGCCGCCCCCACUGCUAGGGAGCACUGAGCAAGGGUGCCAUGUGCUUGAGCACCUUUCUCCUCAGAAGUAAUAACCAAACAGCGAGGAGCUAGCACUUGGAGAGAUAGUAAAGCCUCAACAAUUCCCACCGAGAACAUCUCACUUCCUGUGUAGUCACAACACCUAAAAUCCUCCAUCUACAAAUAAAACCAAUUCUUCAA